AUGUAAAGAGUGAAAGUCAUCUUAAUUUUAGAAUAUAAAGAAAAAAAGAGUAAGGAAUUUCUAGAUUUGAACAUAUUAGAUAAUAAAAAAGAAGAUAUAUUAAAUAAUAUUUUUUUGGAAUCAUACAAAAACAGCUUGAUAUAUGAAUUAAGCAUAAUAUAAAUUAAAAUACUUGAACGGUCAAUAAAAAACGAAAUAAUUUAUAAUUUAUAUCGUUAUACCUAAAGUGAUUUGAACAUACCGAACUGCCAAAUCGCUCAAAAAAAUCAGAGACAAAAUAUGAGAACCUUUAUGAAAGAGGUAUAUUUAAAAUAUUAUGUAGAUUUUUAAGAUUUUUAUGUGA